ACGCACACAUUUUGGAGGAGUGACCGAUAGAGAGAGAUAGAGAGAGAGAGAGAGAGAGAGAGGGAGAAAAUUAAAAGGAGCGAAACCAAAUCCUUAUAUUUUUCCCCUUCCCACUAUUUUCCCCUUCUUUUUAUUCCUUGUUUCUUCACCUGCUUCGCUCUCGCUCUCUCUCUCUCUCUCUCUCUUACUACCAAACCCUCUCACCGGAGAGAGGAGAGAGAGAGAGAGAGGAGAAGGGGACAAGAAGCAUUGAGAGAGAGAGAGAGAGAGGAAGCGGGGGACAUCGAGUUGGAUUCUAGGGUUUACGUGGCUGGGAGUUCUUGGUCGCGGAUCUGGUGUUCUUUGAUGCCCUAAGGAGAUCUUUAGCUCAGCUCAGCUUGGUUUCGCCUCGAUUGCUCGCCAUGGCUACAGAAGAAUGUACAUCAUCAGAAGGUCAUCGUUUUAAAAGAAUACCUCGCCAAUCAUUGGCAGAUAAUCCGCAGCUGGAUCCAUUGUUGAAUGAAAAUCUGGAUCAGUGGCCGCAUAUAAAUGAGUUGGUACAAUGCUAUAGGGCUGAUUGGGUGAAGGAUGAAGCAAAAUAUGGGCACUUUGACAAUGUUGCUUCAACUUCUUUCCAAAAUCAAAUUUUUGAAGGGCCUGAUACAGAUAUAGAAACAGAAAUUCGUCUUGCCAAUGUAAGACAUUCAAAGACUGAGGAUGCUCUUGAAGAUGAUAUUCCCAGUACCUCUGGGAGGCAGAUAUCUGAGGCUGGAUCAUAUGGUUCAUCUAAAGGUCUUAAUAUGCAUUAUGGUGAGUCUCCUUUGCCGGCAUAUGAGCCGGCAUUUGAUUGGGAAAGUGAGAGAUCUUUGAUAUUUGGCCAAAGGACGCCUGAAACUCUUCCAGCACAAUAUAGCAGUGGAUUGAAGAUAACAGUCAAAGUGUUAUCUUUGUCGUUUCAAGCUGGGUUAAUUGAGCCCUUUUAUGGUACAAUAUGCUUAUAUAGUAGGGAGAGGAGAGAGAAAUUAUCGGAGGACUUUUACUUUCGUGUUCUUCCAUCAGAAAUGCAGGAUGCUAAUAUUUCUUCUGAACGGCGAGGUAUUUUCUCCUUGGAUGCUCCUUCAGCAUCAGUUUGCCUUCUCAUUCAGCUUGAAAAGCCGGCUACUGAAGAAGGAGGUGUCACUCCCUCUGUUUAUUCUCGCAAGGAGCCUGUGCACUUGACUGAGAGAGAGAAACAAAAGCUGCAAGUGUGGUCUAGAAUUAUGCCUUAUAGAGAAUCGUUUGCUUGGGCGAUCAUUCCACUUUUUGAAAGCAACAAUGCUGUGGUUGCUGGUGGUUCAGCUUCUCCCAGCAGCCCCCUAGCAUCCAGUGUAUCUGGCUCAAGUUCCCAAGACAGCAUUGUCGAUCCUCUUUCAAAAGUUACUUUAGAUGGCAAGCUCUCCCAGUAUUCAGGAGGAAGCUCAGUUAUUGUGGAGAUAUCAAACUUGAAUAAAGUCAAAGAAAGCUAUACAGAGGACUCUCUUCAGGACCCCAAACGGAAGGUGCACAAGCCCGUGAAAGGUGUACUUAAAUUGGAGGUUGAGAAGCUUCAUGCUUCCCAUGCUGAUUCUGACAACAUUUCGGAAGGUGGUAGUGUUGUUGCUGAUUCAAAUGAUGCUGGUGAUCAUUCUUAUGAAACUAGUUAUGGAAAACACCAUGGCAAUGGUCUUGAUCGCCCUAGGAAUGGUAAUGUGAAGUGUAGUGUCAUUGAUCGGAAAGAACUGCACAGGAGUAGCCCAAAUGUGAUUGCAGAAAACCACUCUGAUUGCAAUAAUGUUGAUUUUCAAGCUUUUGAUUUUCGCAUGAUGACACGCAGUGAGCCGUUUUCUCAGCUUUUCCAUUAUCUUUAUGUCUACCCAUUGACUGUUAGUUUGAGCCGUAAAAGGAAUUUGUUCUUAAGGGCGGAAAUGAGAAAAGAUGAUGUUGACAUCCGCAAACAACCGUUAGAGGCCCUCUAUCCAAGGUAUCCGGGUACAUCACUUCAAAAAUGGGCUCAUACACAAAUUGCUGUUGGGGCUAGGAUGGCUUGCUAUCAUGAUGAAAUUAAAAUUUGUCUUCCUGCUCUUUUGACACCGCAACACCAUCUUCUCUUCACCUUUUUUCAUGUUGAUCUCCAAACUAAACUUGAAGCACCAAAGCCUGUAAUUAUAGGAUAUGCCGUACUUCCAUUGUCCACGCACAUUCAGCUGCAGUCCGAUGUGUCUCUUCCAAUACUAAGAGAGCUGGUUCCACAUUACCUCCAAGAGAGUAGUAAGGAGAGGCUGGAUUAUCUGGAGGAUGGUAAAACUGUAUUCAGAUUGCGUUUAAAGCUAUGCUCUUCCUUAUUUCCAGUCAAUGAGCGAAUAAGAGAUUUUUUUCUAGAGUAUGACCGUCAUACUCUCCGAACAAGUCCUCCUUGGGGUUCUGAACUUCUUGAGGCGAUCAACAGCUUGAAGAAUGUUGAAUCGACUGCCCUGUUACAGUUUCUUCAGCCAAUCCUUAAUAUGCUCCUUCAUCUCAUUGGCGAUGGUGGUGAAACCCUUCAGGUUGCAGCAUUUCGAGCCAUGGUCAAUAUCUUAACCAGGGUACAACAAGAAUCAACUGAUGGUGCUGAGAGAAAUAGGUUUCUUGUUAGCUACGUCGAUUAUGCUUUUGAUGACUUUGGUGGUCGGCAAGCACCAGUAUAUCCUGGUCUGUCUACUGUAUGGGGUAGUUUGGCUCGGAGUAAGGCCAAAGGCUAUCGUGUUGGGCCAGUUUAUGAUGACGUGUUGGCAAUGGCUUGGUUCUUUCUGGAGCUUAUUGUGAAGUCAAUGGCAUUAGAGCAAAGCCGUCUUUUCUACAACAAUGUUCCGUUAGGUGAAGAUAUCCCACCAUUGCAGUUAAAGGAAGGCGUUUUCCGAUGUAUCAUGCAGCUCUAUGAUUGCCUUUUGACUGAGGUUCAUGAACGUUGCAAAAAGGGUUUGAGCUUGGCAAAACGUUUAAAUAGCAGCCUUGCUUUCUUUUGUUAUGAUCUGUUGUCAGUCAUUGAGCCACGCCAAGUUUUUGAGCUGGUUUCAUUAUAUCUGGACAAGUUUGCUGGAGUUUGCCAGUCAAUUCUGCAUGAGUGCAAGCUUUCCUUUCUGCAGAUUAUAUGCGAUCAUGAUCUUUUUGUGGAAAUGCCUGGAAGAGAUCCUUCAGAUAGAAACUAUCUUUCAUCAGUUUUAAUACAGGAGAUUUUUCUCACGUUGGACCAUGAUGAUUUAUCACAACGGGCAAAAGCAGCUCGUAUGUUGGUGAUCCUUUUGUGCAAACAUGAAUUUGACUACCGUUACCAAAAACGCGAGGAUAAAUUAUACAUCGCUCAGCUUUAUUUUCCAUUUAUCGGACAGAUAUUAGAUGAGAUGCCUGUAUUCUAUAAUCUAAGUGCUGUUGAGAAACGUGAAGUUUUAGUUGUCAUCUUGCAAAUUCUAAGGAAUUUGGAUGAUGCAUCCCUUGUCAAAGCAUGGCAACAAAGCAUCGCUAGAACAAGGUUGUUUUUCAAGCUCCUUGAAGAGUGUCUCCUGCAUUUUGAGCACAAAAGACCAGCUGACAGCUUGCUGAUGGGCUGUAGUUCGCGGAGCCCUGAAGGUGAAGUUCCUGCUUCUCCAAAGUAUUCUGAUCGGCUUUCCCCGGCAAUCAACACAUAUUUGUCUGAGGCUUCUCGUCAGGAAGUUAGACCCCAAGGAACACCAGAAAAUGGAUAUUUGUGGCAUAGAGUCAGUCCUCAGCUAAGCUCUCCUAAUCAACCAUAUUCUCUAAGAGAAGCUCUUGCACAAGCACAAUCUUCUCGAAUUGGUACCACAACACGAGCAUUAAGAGAGUCUCUACACCCAAUACUAAGGCAAAAGUUGGAAAUUUGGGAAGAGAAUCUCAGUACUGCUGUCAGCCUCCAGGUUUUGGAGAUGACCGAAAAGUUCUCAGCUGCUGUAGCAUCUCAUAGUAUUGCUACUGAUUAUGGAAAGCUGGAUUGCAUAGCAUCCAUCCUCACGGGUCUCUUCUCUCGAAGCCAACCGCUGGCGUUUUGGAAAGCAUUAUUCCCUGUAUUCAACAGCAUAUUCAAUCUCCAUGGUGCGACGCUAAUGGCAAGAGAGAAUGACCGCUUCUUGAAGCAAGUAGCUUUUCAUCUUCUUAGACUCGCUGUUUUCCGAAACAAUUCCAUUCGGAGAAGGGCUGUUGUUGGAUUACAGAUACUUGUUAGGAAUUCAUUUUACUAUUUCAUGCACACAACACGGCUGAGGGUGAUGCUGACAAUUACCUUGUCGGAGUUGAUGUCUGAUGUGCAAGUGACUCAGAUGAAGUCUGAUGGAUCUCUUGAAGAGAGCGGCGAAGCACGACGUCUUACGAGAUCAUUGGAAGAAGUAGCGGAUGAAGGUAGGAGUGAGGAACUCUUAAGAGAGUGUGGACUUCCUGGAAAUGCCCUUCAUGCAGUCCCCGAGGGUUCAACAGAUAAUAGGUGGUCUUGGUCUGAGGUCAAACUUCUAUCUCAGAGUCUUCUCCAGGCCCUUGAUGCAGGACUAGAACACGCUCUUUUGGCUUCUGUAAUGACUGUGGACAAAUAUGCGGCUGCCGAGAGCUUUUACAGACUAGCAAUGGCUUAUGAAUCCGUUCCAGAUCUGCACAUCAUGUGGCUGCUGCAUUUGUGUGAUGCACAUCAGGAGAUGCAGUCGUGGGCUGAAGCCGCACAGUGUGCAGUUGCUGUAGCUGGUGUCAUCAUGCAGGCACUUGUUGGAAGAAAUGAUGCUGUGUGGAGCAGGGAACAUGUGGCUUCUCUGCGGAAGAUCUGUCCUGUGGUCAGCAGUGAUGUCAGUGCCGAGGCCUCUGCAGCUGAAGUUGAAGGAUAUGGUGCAUCAAAACUAACAGUGGAUUCUGCUGUGAAAUAUCUCCAGCUUGCGAAUAAGCUCUUUUCUCAAGCUGAGCUCUACCACUUCUGUGCCAGCAUAUUGGAACUUAUAAUCCCAGUCUAUAAAAGCAGAAGGGCUUACGGGCAGCUUGCUAAGUGCCACACUUCCCUAACAAAUAUCUACGAGUCCAUUCUUGAACAGGAGUCGAGCCCGAUUCCAUUCAUUGAUGCAACUUACUACCGAGUUGGGUUUUAUGGCGAACGGUUCGGAAAGCUAGAUAGGAAAGAAUAUGUUUACAGAGAGCCUCGUGAUGUGCGUUUGGGUGACAUCAUGGAGAAGCUGAGUCAUAUUUACGAGUCCAAAAUGGAUGGCAAUCACACCCUUCAUAUUAUUCCAGAUUCUAGGCAAGUCAAUGCAGAUGAGUUACAGCCUGGUGUCUGUUAUCUACAGAUUACAGCAGUAGACCCAGUUAUGGAGGACGAAGAUUUAGGCAGUCGGAGAGAGAGGAUAUUCUCCCUUUCUACUGGAACUGUGCGUGCUCGUGUAUUUGAUCGAUUCUUGUUUGAUACCCCAUUUACCAAAAAUGGGAAGACCCAGGGUGGGUUAGAGGACCAGUGGAAGAGGCGGACGGUUCUCCAGAACGAGGGCUCUUUUCCUGCUUUGGUGAACCGGCUUUUGGUUGUCAAGUCCGAGUCUUUGGAGUUCUCUCCUGUGGAGAAUGCCAUUGGAAUGAUCGAGACCAGGACGGCUGCGCUUAGGAAUGAGCUUGAAGAGCCGCGGAGUUCAGAAGGUGACCAACUGCCAAGGCUUCAGAGUUUACAGAGGAUACUCCAAGGCAGUGUUGCCGUGCAGGUGAACAGCGGAGUGCUAAGUGUGUGUACGGCAUUUUUGUCGGGUGAGCCAGCGACCAGGCUCCGGUCCCAAGAGCUCCAGCAGCUAAUUGCUGCGUUGCUUGAAUUCAUGGCUGUUUGCAAGCGUGCAAUACGUGUACACUUUAGAUUGAUAGGUGAAGAAGAUCAAGACUUCCACACACAGCUUGUGAAUGGGUUUCAAUCCCUUACAGCCGAGCUUUCUCACUACAUCCCGGCCAUACUUUCGGAGCUCUGAUUGCAUUUCAUUGGCCAUAUGUUGUGUUCAUAUGCGUUGUCAUUUUCGAGGCUCAUGGUCUUUUUGUUAUGUUUCCAUUUUGCAUGUUUGGUUGUACAUGUAUUUAUCCAGAUGACAGUUGCGCAGGCUUUGCAGUACCUGGUGAUUUUAGUAGAUGUUGCUUUAAGUUUUGGUUGUACAAUGUGUAUAAGCUGGUUUUUCAGGCCAAGUGCAGUGCACUGAAAAUUCGUCUCGGAGAGGCCCUGUUUGGUUGUUUGCAACACCAGUCUCCGAGGGGCCUCUUUCACCUUAAGGACAACAUUAGACUAAGAGCAUGGUUCCUCCUCACGAUUGUUAAUGUCUUCUCUUUAGUUAUAAGAUCCAUCGAAGCCCUUCUAUUU